UCUUCAAACUUGCUCUUGUAGAAAACCCAAAAAGUAAAGGAGGGAAACCACAUCCUACAAAAGUACAGGUCAAAAUGUUUGGAGAGAAGAGCUUGGAAUCAGGCUUUGAUGUUCUUGAAUGCAAUAUUAAUACUGUUGCCAGUACCAGUAAUGUUAACGCACCAACAUUUUACAAGAGCCUCAGCUUUAGUAAUAUUUAUUCAACAGAAAGCUGGGGUGAUUUGCCAUUAAAACAAGAUGAUUCAGAGGAUAUGAUCGUUUACAAUGCUCUCCGAGAUGCUGUUAACUUUGGAUGGCUUCCAUCAAUGUCGUUGCAAUCUAAUAUGACCACGACGAGAGAAGAGUUUCCACAAACAGCUGUUCCAUUGGAAGUGGCACCGCGCGAGUCUGGAGCACCACCGCUGAAGGAAAAGGGAUUGCAGUAUAAGGGUGUGAGAAGGAGGCCAUGGGGAAAAUAUGCGGCAGAGAUUAGGGAUCCUAAGAAGAAUGGAGCGAGGAUGUGGCUCGGGACUUAUGAGACGCCUGAGGAUGCUGCAAUAGCUUACGAUCGAGCUGCUUUUAAAAUGCGUGGCUCGAAGGCUAAGCUUAAUUUCCCUCAUCUGAUCGGAUCCAAUAAUAACUGGGAACCCGCUAGGGUGACUUCUAAGAAGCGGAGUUCACCAGAGCCUUCAUCUUCUAUAUCUAUUUCAGAUUAUGACUCACCACGUUGGACGAAGCAAAGCAAGAUCAGUUCUGGGAUUUGUUUCCACUGACACUUCGGACGAGUCAUUAGUAGCUAGUUAUUUUAGUUGAUUAAACAAGAGACAUGUUAAAGUUUCAAUAAAUUUGAGUUUUCUCA